UUACAAACUUUGCGCCCUUUGUAAUGGCGCGUCAUUCAGGACAGCCAAUGAUACUAGUUAAUGAAAAUUCUCUUCGCGUUAGUUACAAAACACUAGUUAUGAUUCGCCUUCUCUAAAUUGCUCACUGUAAAGCUUAUUUCGAAACUCGUGACGUAAAGAAGCUUUGUUUUAUUUAUCGAGAUCAGUGUCAAGCGCAAAUAAGAUUGUUUAUCCCAGUCAGGGUGUUUUUAUUGUAAUAAAGUGUAGUCUAUCCCAUUUCCGUUAUUGUAAAACAAAACGAAUUCAUUUUUUUGACAUCUGCCUCGUUUGUUUUGUUUCCACUAAAGAGAUCGGUUUUCGUUGGGAGAUGGCUCUAAUAUGAAGAUCGAAGUGCUUUUUUUACUUCUUGUCACUGGUGCUUGCUUCUGCGACAAGGAUUUCUGCCGAGAAACCACAAGCUCGAUUUGGUACGAUCACGCUUUGAUCGGCCAUGUAAUCAAGUCAUUAUUAACCCGUGGAAUUUUCGCCUGUGCUCACAAGUGUUUGUCCCUCACCGGGUGUUCAUCUUACAACUACGAAACUUCAGCGCCACAAGAUUACAGCGUUUGUGAGUUAAAUGGUGGAGGCGAAAGUGAUUAUCCAGCCAUCACUGGAAAACAUGGCUUUGCCUUCGCUCAAGUGCGAAAAACAACAAAAAGUUGUUUAGAGGCUUGGGAAAAUGGUGCGCGGGCAUCGGGUUUCUAUUGUAUCCAAGCCAACGAUGGUCAUUUCCACAAACUGUACUGCGACCUGGCCUCCGAACCCGGUUGGGCCUGGACAUUGGUGAUGUCCCAGACAUUGGGCAACAGAAACGAACAAUUUGCACAAAAAGGCUUUCUUACGGACUCGCCGAGGAAUGCAGAGUUUCCAAACUGGGAAGCUUAUAGACUCUCUCUAAGCAGAAUGGUGGAACUGAAGUCUAACUCAACCCAUUGGCGAGUGACUUGCAGUUUUCCAUCAUUCGGUGUCGACUACAGAGACUACGUACGUGCUGAAUUUGAGCAGUUUGAUCUUCUCACCUUCAGGGCAAACAGGCAUUGCAAACUGGUGGAGUACAUGGAUGUUCGGGGACAUGUCUGCCAACAAUGCACCGCGGCCUGGGGGCAGGAUAAAAGUGACUUUUUAACCCAUCGCAGUGAUGUUAAUCACAGCUGUACCCGCGGGCAAACUCCGAAUCACGUUAAAGGAGAGCAAGCGUUCGGUCGGUACAGGAAGGGGCGAAAUCCCAAGUUCCGAUGCACGUCGGGGGAUUCCGCUGUGACUAGUUAUUGGUUUGGUAGCAGAUUAAAGUCCUAGCUACGUCAUGUCCACAGUUAUGCAGCAGUUUCGGUAGAAAACUGGUUAUUAUUCGGUUGGAUUCCGAGUCGUGAGAUCCCUGUUCAAGUCCCAGCACAGUCACUUUAAUUACUCUCCUAGUGCCUCUUUUGACUAAGUUCAUAAAGAUAUUCAGUUUUUGGUGAUUUUUGUAAACGUAAUGCGAGAACAGAAGCAUACUUUGAAGUGCUGUCUUCUCAAGUCAUUAUCUGACUACUAGGAAGGUAUUAUUUGUCGUACGGGACAAAGUUAUUGGCGGAGCGAUAAAUCAGAAUUUUGAUGAGGAGUUAGGCUUCGUCCAGUCGGUAUACCAGAGAAAUCUGAAAACGCCGCUUUAUUCCUACGGUUAGGCCUAUUGUCCACACUAAGACUCUGUGUCCUCAGCUUCUCGAAAACGCUCUUCAAAGCGGAGGAAUUUGAAAACGCCAGCUUUGCGUUUUAGCGUUGACGGAAAACGUUUUGAAAAGGAAGCUUUUCGAAAACGAUGAUGUCACGAAAAUCCUGUGAAAAUGCUGUGUAGACUAGUAGACAGAAAAAAUUUGAUGCGCUUCCAGAGCGAAAACGCGGUUUUCAAAUUCCUUCGGCGUCAGUGGUGUGGACGGGGCGUUUAUCAGUACGCUCGGCCCGUGAAGUUUCUCAGGCCUCCAUUUCCAUAUCUUUGGAACUUGAACGGUAUUUAAACAUUUUCACCUUGAGCGUCACAUGAACAGACUCAUCCCUCCCUGGGCUGAUAUCAAGACUUAAGUGUUUCCGUUCCCAUACAGAUCACGCAUGUAUCGGGCGUCGUUUACACAGGAGUCGAGUCCCCGAUCAAGGCUCUUGCCGUACCUGUAAGCUCCGUAAAGCCACACAGUAGGAUAAUAGGACGUCAUUUUUUAUUAGCUCCCCUGGUUUGCCAAGAAGGCAGACAUUGACAUAUGUGCGUCAGGGUAUCUGACAUGCCUGGUUAGCCACUUGAAAUAAGUUAUCAUUAUAUGUGAUCAUGAAAUUAUAAGCCGGAAUUUGAAUAAAUUUGUCUUAACUAAAGCGGAACCUUCGAAUAUCGUCAAUAUCUCGCUCUCGCCGACGGCAGAAGGUAACGUUUAGCAUGUUUAAAACAAACAAACAGUCAUACUAUAGCGAGCUUUCUACACUCUUAUUAUAUCACUGAACGAAAUUAAUUUGAUGUUCCAAGAAGACAAUUACACGGCUUUAAAUUCAUAAACAGACAACAACAUCAAGGUUCAAUUAAAAUCUGGCACGAACACAUAUAUAUUUUUUUAGAAUUUCAAUUUAUCCGAUAUUUGCUGUUUUAUGGCACGAUCAGACCAUGAGAGAAAAACUUCGUUGGAAUCAGUUCACCAGUGUUGUAGUUUUGUUUGAUUCACUACCAGGGCAACCAUGCAGCGAUUGCAGAACAAUUAAACCCCGGGGUAGGGUGGGAUACUCCCAAAAAAGUUAGGUGGGGGUGUGCAGCCCAAUUCCCAAAACUCCUACCCUAUUUAUGACCAAAUCUGCGAUUUUUGCUACCCUAUUUAUCCUCCUUUUCAUAGAACUGAGCUCUUAAAGAGACAUUUGAAACCUUCGGGCAGCUAAACGGGAAGAUAAUUAAAAGAACCUAAUAUGAUGGUGCGUGGGGCAAAAAUAUCAAGCUUCUGAUAUCGAGAAUACAUGGAUGGUUUUCUUUUUUCGCAAAACAUAGAAAAAACGUUCGAGAGAGUGAACCUUUAAAAGACAAAUGGGGGCACAGAACGUCCAAGAUCGUUAAGUAGGAGUGAUCUUCUCAGAUGUGGGGUGUAAACUAUGACUUCAUAGUAAACUGCGUGCGCCACAAUUAGCGCGAAGAUCUUUCACGUGCGCGAGGUGUGAUGCAACACGAAAGAAGGUUCAGAGGAUCGAUCGUCCAGAGAUGAAGGCGAAGUAUUUCAUCUCGCGUCUUGUCUCAUGACCUAUGCGUGACGGCCCCGUGAUCAUGACGGUCAAGAAGGACAGGUCCGUGGCCAUGACGCGUGCUUGACCGUCACGUAUUUAACCAACUUAUUCACCAAUAAAGCAGAAUAUCUACCUCACACCACCAGUUUAAAUACAAAUAAAAAAUAAUAAAUAAAUGAAAUCUAGAAAGUUAUUAAGUAAAGUAUAAGAUAAAUAAAUGAAGAUAAAAAUUUUACAAGAAACAAUCCAAAUACAACUCUUGUUUUUUCAAACCUCCCGCUAACUCGAACCCAUUAGACGUUGAUUCCCGUAGCCUCGCUGUAAUUUAAUCCCCGGUUUUUCAAAGUAAUUUUAUUUUCUCGAUUCCAGCGUAAAUUAACACCACUCGCCACGUUCAAUAAAAACCCCCCUAUUCUCGAUAUUCACUAUGUUACAAGGAAGCUUAUUCCAUUGUCUAAUUGUAUACAGUACUAUAGAGGGCCCGGGUGGGGGUGGGGUGAGUGAGUGAUAGACCCAUUUGUUGCCGAGGGUUUGAAAUCCUGUCCCUGUUUAGGACCUAAAUACUCAAAAAUCUCUACCCCAUGUAGUACUACGCUCUCUAUUUUUUUAGACCCUGUUUAGGACAAGUGAUGAAGAUGCAAACCGGGGCAUAGUGGUCUUUCGUAAUAUAUAGCAAAAUGAAAGACAGCUCUAAUGAGACAAACAUGACGUAAUUAAGAAAACAAGGAAUAUGGGUGUGAACAAGACAAAAAAACAUGUUACCUUGCAAACUGUUUCUUUUUCUCAAUGGCAUGCAAAACAUAGAGGAUUAUUACAUGGCCGAUUGAGAUACCAAAUUUAUCCUCAAGUAUUGAAAAAUAUUUCAUGUGUGAGCACAGUGAAGGAGUGAAAUAUUUUUCAACACAAGGGAAAUUUCAUAUCUCCAUGCGACCACAUAAUUUUCUAGUUAUUAUACAAACACCUAUGAAAUGCCAAACCUGUUCACUUUAAUAAGGUGUGAUUUAUUAUGUAACCAUAGCAAUGGUGAUCUUUUCGUGUGUGAAGACAAGAUUUUAUUUUGCAUAAAAGUUCACCUGAGAACCUCAAGGGCCACCAUGUUCACACUUUGGCUGACAAUUAACAGCCCAAAAUGCGUCCACCUCACUCAUCACUAAUCAAUUUUUUUCCAAUUCGUGUCUAGCAGGGCUUAGAAGUCUAUGAGUAGUCGGUUUUUGUUCCUGAAAUCCCUAUGUGAAUUAGGGAAACAAACGUUGCUUGCUCGCAUGCUCUAGAAACCUAACUUCUCACAGACCAGGAAAAGAAAGAGACUGCUUGCAGUCUACGCAGGUCUGCAACCUGGCUACAUCCAUGGUUAAAUUCUCUACCUAGGUAUUUAGAAGCGUCCAACUUUUGCCCUUCAAAAAAGAAAAUCAACAAAAACAAACAAAAAACAGACUGAGGCAAGUGCCCCAGUUUGCCUCAUACUGGCUACAGCCAUCUAGUUGUUCUUAUCCAGUAUUUUGGUUUCACAUUUCAAAUUUUAACAUUUAGUUUACUAACCAGGGUGCUAAUGAUUGGGCCCACAAUAUGCCCCUUGCAGGUGAGAAUUAAAAUGAAAGAGCUGAUUCUUUUAUAACAGAACUCAUUUAUACAGGCAUUUGAAAUUACCGUAACUUAACAAAGCCAUGAUUGCAAUUCUCAGUUACUCCAUCUUUUGCUGGUACAUGCCUUUAUGAUUUAAUCAUCACCCAUCGUUUGAGGAUCAAUAAAAAUAUGGUAAUUGAGGGCCAGGGAAAAUUAUUGUGUUGACAUUAGAGGUUGAUGUCCCAGCUCAAGUGGAUGGAUGUCAUCUCCUUAACUCAAAAAUAAUAAAUUAUGCAGUUUACAUGGUUUAAGUUUUUAAAUCCUGGUUUUUCAGUGAAGAUUCAGGAGGGGAUGAGAUCACACUGUGACAAAAUUUUAAAAUGCUCUGAUUAAGGAAGAAAAAAAGGAGAGAAAACUAAACAAAGCAAACAGUGGAAAGAAUAUUUUAAAUAACAAUUGCUGUGCCCAAAUUUGGCAGCCACAAAGAUGUCUCAUAAGUUUCCAUAAAAAAGUUGUACACUUAAAGCUUAACGAGUGGCAACUAUUGCCAUUUAAUGGGAGCUUACUUGUCAUGCAAAACGUUCCUUGACAAAAAGGUGAGAAUCACUUGGCAACAUCACUCACGCAUAACUAAAUACAGAUUUUAAGAAACUUGAGACAAAAUUCAAUUUAACUGAAUUGAAUUGAAAAACCUAAAGACGAAGCGACGCGCUUAGAAAUUGUAACGUUGCAUUGCAACUAAGAAAUUAAAAGCAUUUUAUUUACAAAAUGUAAGUGUUGAAAAUUUGAACGAUCAAGCACAUGUAACUCAGCCAAAUAAAUGCUAAAAUCGAAUUAAAGGUUUUUUAAAGAUGCAGUUUUUGCCGACAUUAAAAUUUAUCUAAGACUUUGGCGAAGAUCCGGGUUUACAAUGUCCGUAUUUCUGGCAUUAGAAUCUCUAAGAAAAGUUCCUAAAUUUCGCGGACAGAAGCGGUAAUGGAGAGUCGAAGAAGUAAACAAGGCUACCAAUUAUUCCUAGUUUCAGUCGCUUUAAUAAUAAAGAGCGCUCGAUUGCUGCCAAUAAAAGCGGACAAUGGUUGGAAAGCCAACUUACUGCUUGUAGCCAAGUGACGUUUUGUGACUAAUAACCCAUUCGAGUGCCAUAUGUUGCAAAUUUUCACCUCGCGGGAGAUGCGCAAAGAAUGAACAAGUUUGCCCAAGCAAUUACAGGAUGCACAUGAACGGCGAGCCUAUCGGAUAGAGAAAGUAUGCCAAUAUUAUGCAUCACGCCAACGGUAAAUCAACUUAAUAAAAUCACGAACGCCUGCCAAACGGCGACCAAAAUAAUGCUUACAUCCACAAUACUGAGUACAUCAGAGGCGUAGCGAAACUGAAAAUAACUUGUUUGAGUUGGUCUCGGAUCAGUGAACAUCUGCCACGGUUCCAUCCUCUAUAAAUAUUUUGAUCAUAAGUCUGCAACAGUUGGCUAAAAUCCGUCUACAGACUACGACCAAUCAAUCCAUAUUCAUUGAGUGGAAAAAGCUAUUUAUUGCAAAUAUUUUAAAGAAUGGAUAUGGCCUACUCUUGCUAGGACGUGGUCCUUAAAUCUUUGCUAUAAACAAGCUUCUCAGCUCAAAGCAGCAAGAAUUUAAGAUGGACGAGAACAUCUGUACUGUACAAUUACAGAUACCGGAGAAAUCACAUUUCGGCAAUAAACAAAGCGAUGACUUCUCGAACUCACCGCAAAAAUCUACACAAGGCUACACGAACAUUUAAUAAUAAACCAUCUUUUUUUUUUUUUUGAAUACUGCCCUCAAUCGCUUAACUCGUGCCAUGCCA